AUGGCACUCUCAAAAAAUUUGAUCUUUAACGUAACAAAGAAGGAGCCCGAACUUGUUCGGGCCAAAACUAAAACUCCCACAUCGACAAAUCAUGAAAUAAAACGCUUGUCGGAUAUUGAUGAUCAAGAAGGGCUUCGACUUUUCCAACGGGCCAUCUUCUUCUAUCAACCAUUGUCUUCAACAAUAGACCCUGUUGGGACCAUUAGAUAUGGCUUAGCCAAAGCCCUUGAAGCUUACUAUCCACUUGCCGGUAGGGUUUUCGAAGGGCCUAAUGGAAAACUCAUGGUGGAUUGUAAUAACGAAGGGGUUGUGUUUGUCGAAGCUGAGGCUGAUGUGAAGGUCGAGCAGCUUCAUGAUGGGAUUUUGCCGCCAUGCCCAUCUUGGCGGAAGCUUUUGUGUGAUGUGCUUGAUUCGAGUGCAAUCGUCGGUACCCCUAUAUUGUUUUUUCAAGUAACAAGAUUCACAUGCGGAGGUGUUUCCUUGGGCAUUGUAUUCAACCACACCUUACUAGAUGCAUCCGGCCUAUUUCUUUUCCUAAAUUCUAUCGGCGAGUUUGCCAAAGGCGCGUUAAAGCCAUCCGUGGAGCCGGUGUGGCGAAGGGAGCUUCUAGAAGCAAGAUCUCCUCCGAGGAUCACGUGCCACCACUACGAAUACGACCAAAAAAAUUCAAGCAUCAAACCACUAGCAUAUCCUAAGGAUACCUUCAUUCUCAAAUCGAUCAUCUUUAGCCCUAAAGAAAUCCAAACACUCUAUAAUCAAUUAACAAAAGGUCGAUUUUCAUCAUUCGAUGUGAUAACAGCUUGCUUGUGGAAGUGCUGGACCAUUGCGCUCGAGGCGCAUCCGGAUGAUAUUGUUCGUUGCUCCAUGAUUGUGAAUAUCCGUUACGGCACAUUUGGCGCGAGCAUUCCACCAGGAUACUAUGGCAAUGCAUUUGCUUGUCCGGCAGCAAUAUUAAAGGCUAGUACUUUGUGUGAUUCGCCUUUCGAGCAUAUUGACAAAGCGCAAAAUGAAUGAAGAGUAUGUUAAGUCGGUUGCGGAUCUUAUGGUGAUUAAAGGUCGACCAAAUUUCGCGGAUACAUGGACCUUUGGGGUUUCCGACUUAAGGAAGAUAGGGUUCGAU